GAGAAACACCAACGAAGAAGUCCGGGUACGUUAACACAGCAGUGACCUGGAGAUAUUGCAGUGUCGAGAGGAUUAAACAAACAUGGAUAAAAAGAAGAAACCCUUCGACGUGACUGCUUCGUCGUUAGUGGACCUUAAAGCUGAACUGUACAGGAAGCAGGAGCAAUUCAAACAGGACAAGCUUGGGCAAGAAAAUGCUGGUGCUGGAUUCAAACCAAAAUCUAAAGUGAAGAAACCCAGUGUCUGGAACAAACAAAACGCUGGUGUUUCAGCAAGGGCUGAGAAAGAUGCAGAGCAGCUGGCCGAGGAGCAGCGCAGUCUCGAUACAUCAAAACGCAAGUUGGAGGAGAAGGCCAGACUCUACGAGCAGAUGACAAAAGGAGACUUUCCAGAUGAAGAGACAGAGGGUCUGUUCCUGGUUGAUUUCACUCAGAAGAUUAUUGACAAAAAGAGAGCAACACUCGCACAGCGGGAUGCAGAGAGAGAGGAGGAUGACGAUGGAGACAGCUCAACACCUAUACCCGCUCCUCAAAACCCAGACGAGGAAUGGGUGGACUAUGUGGACGCUUUGGGCCGUUCUCGAAGAUGCAUGAAGAAAGACCUGCCAGAAUUUAAGAAAAUGGACCAAGAUCUGAAAGGAAAAGGAAAAGUCUCAUCUGAGAAGACCUUACUCUCAGAGGACAUGCGUCGAGAGCUGCAGAGGCAGGAGUGGGAGAGGGAGGAGGAGGAGGCUAUGAAGAGGCCUGUUGGACCCAUCCACUACGAGGAUAUCAGAGGACAAGAGGCUCGAGAACUUGGUGUGGGCUACUUUGCAUUCUCCCAUGAUGAAGAGCAGCGCAGAAAGCAGAGAGACACUCUGGACAUGCUCAGAGACCAGACAACAGAGCAGCGCAGUAAAAGAGAACGGCUGAAGGAGAAGAGGCAGGCUAUGCUGCAGGCCCGGCUGGCCAAGGUGAGGCAGAGGAAGAUGAAGAAAUCCAAGCUGGAUGGCACUGAAGAAGAGCAGAGAGAAGAGGAGAAUGAAGGACAGGAAGAGGAGGAUGAUUUGAUAGGUUCCCCGCCUCCACCAGAGGACGCCCCAGAAGUCAGCAUAGUGAAGAAGGUGGAAGUGGAGAUCCAGGAGAGGAGGGACACUAAACCAGGAGUUCCUCAUGUCAGAGAAUGGGACAGAGGCAAAGAAUUCAUGUUUAGUGAGUGGAAAACGCGGUGCCGAGAUGAGCGAGAUUCUGAAUUUGCACCUCCCUCUGCAUAUUUCACCGAUGAGAAGAGACAAAGACCAGGGAUGAAUAAAACUCAGGAGAAUAAAUCCAAAAUGUCCUUCAAGUGGACAAAGGGCCCAGGAGGAAUCUCUGAGAGCAAAGAGGAACCACAACCUCAGCCUGAAACUACUCCUUCACCACCUCCACCUCCACCUCCACCUCAACAGGAUCAUCCUGCUCCUCCACAGCCACAGACCUCAUCACAGCCUCCACCCUCAAACCCGCCUGUUGUUUCAGCUCCCGUGUCUGCUCCCCCUUUUCAUCCUCAGUACCCCCCUCCUCUAUUUUAUCCCCCAUUUCCUCCUCCACAUCCCCCUCAGUUUGCAGGUCCACCUCACCUGCCUCCUCACUUCCCCCUGCAGUAUCCCCCCCACUAUCCACCCCAGUAUCUCCCACAGUAUACGCCCCAGUAUCCACCUCAGCCACAGAGCCAGUCUCAGCCUCAGCAGCCGGCUGAGCCCACAGACCACAACCAGGCCCAGCAGCUCCCUCAGGGUCCCUCUCAGAGUCUGGAUGACAUGUUGUCCUUCUACAGGAACUCUACCUGAACUCUACCUGAACCUGAAAUAUCAUGUUUGCUGUGUAGUUGGUUCACAUUGGGAUUUGUAAAUAUGUUAGGAAAUCACAGAGAGAACAGAACAUCAGACCUCAUGCAAGAACAUUUUCAUGAGCUUGUCUUAAAAUUCAGCUGAUGUUUUCUGAGAUUUGUUUAUUGGUUUUACCAGACUCUCAUACCUGCACAAACUUAUCGUAACUUUUUGACUGAUGAAUACCACCUGUUCACUGGAUCUGCUCGCAUGACUGGUUCUUGCAUGAUGCCCAAUGUCUCAGCUCUUGUGCGUUUUCCAAUUUAAUAAAUAUAAGGAAUUUAAGUAGA